CGGAUGCAGGAGGAGAACAUCACCAGGGCGCUAAUCGUGGUGCAGCAAGGCAUGACCCCCUCGGCCAAGCAGUCCCUGGUAGAUAUGGCCCCCAAAUACAUCCUGGAGCAGUUCCUGCAGCAAGAGCUUCUGAUCAACAUCACGGAACACGAGCUGGUCCCGGAGCACGUUGUCAUGACAAAGGAAGAAGUAACGGAGCUCCUGGCCCGAUACAAACUGAGAGAGAACCAGCUCCCGCGGAUCCAGGCCGGGGAUCCUGUGGCCCGGUACUUCGGGAUAAAGCGUGGGCAGGUAGUGAAGAUCAUCCGGCCGAGCGAGACGGCGUGACGCUACAUCCCCUACCGCCUGGUGCAGUGA